UUUGUUCUUCAUGAAACACACUACUUAUACAUCUUAUAGAGAGAAUCAUGCUUGCGACAUUCUUAUCAAUGUGUCAAAAGACCCACAACAGGAUUUGCUCCUCAAUCAACCAUGAAGAAUACUUGAUGUUGAGUAUUGCGAUUGAUAAUUGUAAAAAUGUGCCAGUUCGCAGCAAGUCAUACAAACGUCAUCUCGAUUACUCGAAAGUACCGAAAUUGGAUGAGGCUGAUCUUGAGGAAAAGUUUAUUCGUGGCAGUGGUCCUGGUGGCCAGGCGACAAACAAAACAAAUAAUGCAGUAUCGUUAAAGCACAAACCAACAGGACUCGUUGUCAAAUGUCAUGAAACGCGAAGUCUAUGGGACAACAAGAAACGUGCGCGCGAGAUUAUGAUAACAAAACUAGAUAAUUUGUUGAAUAAAGAAUAUUCCAUCGAAGCUCAGAUACGCGGCCUCGAGAAAAAACAACAAUCACAAAAAGAAAACAAAAGAAAGAGACUGACCGAGAUGAAAAAAGCCUUUCAUGAACGUGAAGGCUUGACGUAAUGCUCGAUUUAUUGUAAAUUUCCUUCAAAAUAUGUUUUAGAAAUAAACGUAUAAAUGUAGUCUCUUAAUUUAAUGUAGUCUCUUAAUUAAAUGUAGUCUCUUAAUUUAAAAUAGAUUAAAGAUCAAAAUGAUUGUUAAAUUAUUAUCGAUAAGAAUCAGUGGCAUUUGAAAAUUAAAAUUGUACCUUAAUUCAUUCG